AUGAGCCAGCCACAGUAUGCUCCAGGAAUCCCUGGUAAAGUCACCGAGUAUGCAGACAGCGUCAAACAGAAAUUCAUCAAGAAUGCUACAACGUCAUCCGUACGACCAAGAACAGAACCACCUACAGAUCUACCAGUGCUGCCACCGGGAGUAUCCAGAAAUGAUUAUCUGGAUGGAAUUGAGGAACUAAGAACUCUCGUGGAUGGAGACGUUCAACUGUUUGACGGUCCAUUGGACGAUGGAUGGUAUCUACACCGCCCCUUGUCGCAUGAUGCAUACACGCUGGACUCAGAUGACUAUUUCACCAACAGUGCCGUAUGCGCUCCAGGCAGCGUUGAGCAAGUUCAAUCAGUGGUGGUCUGGGCAAACAAAUGGUCGAUCCCAAUCUAUCCUAUCUCUAUGGGACGAAACCUCGGCUAUGGCGGCGCUUCUGCUCGAGUGAAAGGUUCUGUUAUCGUCGAUAUGGGAAAGCGAAUGAACAAAGUCUUGGAGUUGAACGAGAAGAAUGCGUUCUGUCUGCUUGAGCCUGGCGUAUCUUACUAUACCUUAUACGACGAAAUCCAGAAAUCCGGCAAAAACUUGUGGGUAGACGUACCUGAUCUGGGUGGGGGAAGUGUUAUCGGAAACGCCUUAGACCGUGGAGUCGGGUAUACUCCUUAUGGAGAUCACUUCGGUAUGCACUGUGGUAUGGAAAUUAUCCUACCAAAUGGCGAAUUGGUUCGCACAGGAAUGGGCGCCUUACCUGAUGCAACAACAGAACAUGGUAGCGCAAAUACUUGGCAGUUGUUUCCCUACGGGUUCGGGCCUUAUGCCGAUGGAAUCUUCUCCCAAUCGAACUACGGUAUAGUCACAAAGAUGGGCUUCUGGUUAAUGCCAGAUCCCGGUGGUCAUCAAACACUACAGAUUACUUUCCCGCGUGAGGAUGACCUGCAUCAGAUUGUCGAAAUUAUGAGGCCCCUCAAAAUCAACAACAUUAUCUCGAAUGUCCCUCACCUGCGACAUAUUAUGCAGGAAGCGAGUGUCUAUGGAGACCGUAAAUCGUUCUGGGAUGGUGAUGGUCCGAUCCCUCACGAUCGCAUUGAAGAUGUGAUCGUUCCUAAGCUUUGGAUGGGCAGUUUUAGGUGGAUACUGUACUUCUGCGUCUAUGGGCCAGAAGUUGUCCGCAAAGCUCAUAUUCAAGUAAUCAAGGAUGAGUUCUACAAGAUUCCGGGGGCGAAACUUACAUAUCCCGAAGAUACACCACCUGAAUCCUAUCUUCGGAGCCGAGUCAAGAUCUACUCAGGGACGCCUGAUCUGCGUGAGCUCGACUGGGUAAUGUGGCUGCCAAAUGGCUCUCAUACGGCCUUCAGUCCCAUUAGCCCGAUCACUGGUGACGAUGCUGUCAAGCAAUACAACAUGACUAAGAGGCUUCACGAGAAAUGGGGGUUCGACUACUUCCCGACGUUUUGUCCGGGCGCUCGUGAGAUGCAUCAUAUCGUCAUGAUUAUUUAUGAUCGCUAUGAUGCAGAUUCCCGAGCUCGCGCGAGAGGUAUGAUGCAAGAACUUGUUGAGGAGGGUGCUAAGCUUGGAAUGGGUGAGUAUCGGACCCACCUGGCUCUACAAGAUCAAGUCAUGGCAACCUAUAAUUAUAACAACGGAGCACUUCUGAAAAUGCAUAAUACUAUCAAGAAUGCAUUGGACCCCAACGGUAUCAUGGCACCAGGGAAAAGUGGAAUAUGGGGAGACCGAUGGACUGCACCUGAAGAACAUAAACUAGCAGUUAAUCGGUCUCCAGUUGAGAAGCAAGUAACAAACACGAUUGCUCAAAGGCAGGAGACCAAGCUUUGA